AUGUCGGACGAUGAUAAAAAUCAAAAGAAGACAAAGCAUGUAACGACUGAACCGAAUAAGAACGGAAAUCCGUCCAAAGACGACGUUAAUACAAGAGGAUCAUUAACAAGCUUAAGUGAGAAAAAUGAUGAAUCCAAAAAUCCAUCAUCAUCUGCAAGUCUUCAGCAAGCUCCUAAGGUAGCACCAAAACCGAAAAAGUUAUCAAUUUCGGAUGCUGGUAAAGACACAGUAACCCAAAAAGUCAAAGAAAAUGAAGAGCCAGGAUUUUCUAAACAAUUUGAAAAAGAAUCUAUUGGUGUGCGAGCAAAUAGAAACAGCAGUGCAACAAAAAAGGAAAAUGAAAAGCUAUUAGUAAAGACCGUGCCCGGAAAAUCUCUUAUAAAAGAAUCUAACGAUGAAAAUGUGGAACCAUCUAGACGCACAAAAAGUCAGCCAGUUGGAAAAAAAGUUUACGAGGAAUCUUCAACGAGGCGAGUUCGUGAGCCAUUUGAUUCUUUUGAUAGGGAAAAGUACCUGUCUGAUAUGAUCGAUUAUGAUCGAUCGUCCGAGGACGUGCCGGAAAAAAAACUAUCUUGGGAACCAGACAGUACACUUCGACGUCGUUUUGUCAGCAAUAAUGAAUAUCAUUCUAGUCUUGAAGGUGAGGAGGAAGAGAUCGAUUUAGAUUCAGUUGGAUCGUCAACAAUGCGAGGUAGCUAUCGAAUGCCACAGAAUGCCGAGGAUGAACGACCUGUUAUCCUAGCUGAAAUAAUCAAUAUGGGAAAGUUGAAGGAGCUCAAGGAGCAACGCGAAUCAACUAACGUAUUUCGUAACAAUCGUAGAGAUGAUAAAACCAUUGAUGAAGUGAAGGGUUCCAAGAUCACAGGAACCAGCAAACAACAUGUUGAAGAAGUUAAAUAUAAUGAAACAGCAAGUAAUGAAGAUGAUGACAAUGCACAGGUAAAACAUAUAGGUACAAUCACAAAAAUCUUUAGCAUUGCGCAAAGAAUGAAAGAGAAGAAAAGCUCCAAAGAAAGUGAAGAAGACGAGAAUAAGGACGAGAAUAAAGAUGUAAAAAAAGAUGAAAAUAAAGACGAUGAACAGAAACUUCCCCCGGAACCAGAGAUCGAAUUGGAGGCCAAAAAAGCUUGGACUUUUCCGAUCGCAGAGACAUCACCUGAUAUCCCUGGAGAAAAUCAGAUCCUGCAAGAAUACCAAAAGGUUAAAAUUGGCAAAAGAAACAGGAAAUACAGAUGUAUAGGCAUCAAUACGGAUAUAAGCAGAAAAUCUAAGAUUAAAACAUUUAUCAGCAAGUCUGCAGGUGAUGACUUAGUAGUAUACCAUGAUGGUGGAAGAUUGCGAGAUAUAGGACAAACCACUGAAAAUCUUAAGAAUCAACGAAAGAAUCAUAAACACAAAACCGAACCAGAUGAUAUACCCGUUGAUAUAGGACACAGCGAUGAUCGAGUAAGGGAAAUUGGAGUGAAUACUAAAAAGUUACCAAAAAUCAUAAUACCACCAAUUGCCGAGAUGCAUGUGCACAAAAAUGGCAAAUUAAGGGACAUUGGAACCAGCACAGAUAAGCCAUUUUGGCCAAUCGAUGACGGAACUGAUGUAAUCUACAUGCAUCCCAUUAAGACUGAUAGGAAGAAAUUAAACAAACUGAUUGUGGAUCCACCGCCGGAUAAUGGACCCUACAAGAUGCCAACCAAAGAAGAUAGACGAACGUACUACAAAGGUUGUGAAUAUCAUUUUCCUGGCCGAACGGAAUGGCGCAGGCUUUUCUUCAACAAAAUCCAUGGAAAAUACAAGCUACGCCGUCCAAGUCAUUGGCUCUACACACUAGUUUUUUCCGUUUUAUAUAUUUUGUUUGUCAUUAUCUUUUCCAUGGCCUGGUUCGAUUUCAUCAAAGAUGACGCUUCCAGAAAGGUACCCAUGAUAAAGAUGGCACAACCAUUUAUUAGUUUCACUCCCAUCGGACCACGAACUAAUCCCAAGGCGGUAUCCUUUGAUCCUAGAAACAGCACAGAAGUCAUGGAAAAGUACGCUGGUAUAAUGGCUCUUCUGGAAAAAUACGGCGACUAUGGACACAAUCCGCGUUUUGGAACGUGUACUGCGAAUGAAAAGUUUGGCUAUCCAAGCGGCGAACCGUGUGUUUUUCUUAAAGUUAAUCGGAUUAUUGGAUUUAAGACCGAACCCUACAUCAAUUCCGAUGAGCUUGUCAAAGCCAAGAUCGAUGAGGUUGAAUUUACGGCCUUAAAAAGGUUAUUGGAAAAUACAACAACAGAGGAGGGUCAUUUGAAUCGCACUUGGAUAACAUGCCGUUCAGAUAAAGAUAAGAAUGUUUUGAUUGAAUUUCAUCCAGAGCCGGCGAUAAGAACGGAAUACACCGAUAUUGAAGAGAAAAUCGAGUAUAUUGCGAACGAGGGUAAAAAGUCAUUUUUCGGCCCAAACGAUGUGAAUCGAAUCGUGGCUCUUAAGAUCAAAAAUCUCAAAGCAAAUGAACGUGUCCAUAUAAAUUGCAAAAUGUGGGCUCAGAAUAUACAUCAUAGGAAAGAGGGUUAUGGCCAAGUUUCGUUUUUUGUGUUAUUAGCUACAAAUGAAAACCGCGAGAGGGUGGAAAAAUUACUCCGAACCGACUACUCAUUAUAAA